GCGCCGCCGACGCCGGCGUCCAGCUCAACUACGUGCCCUACACGCCUAACGGCGGCGCCGGCUCCACCGCCACCACGCUCGCCUUCAUGGACAUCGGCGAUGCCAGCAUCGACCAAGGGCUGGCGUCGGCGGGCGACAUCAAGGAGUGCGUCAACUGCGGCUCGAGCGUGACGCCGCUGUGGCGGCGCGACGGCACGGGCCACUACCUCUGCAACGCGUGCGGCCUCUACCAGAAGAUCAACGGCGUCAACCGGCCGCCCGUGCGCUCCCAGCAGAAGAAAAGCAGCUCGCAACCCGGCAACCGGCGAUGCGGCGUAUCGUGCGCCAACUGCAACACCACGACGACCACGCUGUGGCGGCGCAACAACAACGGGGAGCCCGUCUGCAACGCCUGCGGCCUCUACUUCAAGCUGCACAACGUGAACCGGCCGCUGAGCAUGAAGAAGGACGGCAUCCAGACCCGCAAGCGCAAGCCCAAGACACCGGCCACGAGCCGCGACAGCCCGCCCACGCGUGGUGGACACGUGGAGCACGUGCUGCACUCCGGCCGCCAAGUAGUCGGGCGCAGCGCGGCCCACACGCAGUACACGGGGCACGGCCACCGCACGGCCGCCUCUGCAGCGGCGGCGGCCGCG